GUGUCUGGAUGGAUUCUGUCUGUCCCGGAGCACUCCUUAGAAUAUUCACUGCGGGUUCAGAGCGGGGUGCAGAGGAGGGCUCCGCAAAGGCCAGGGUUGUAGGUGACAGCUGUGCAGUUGUGCCUCUGGGUGUCCGGGGCACGAGGGGAGGGAGGAGACAUCCAUACCGAGUUCCCAUCUUCCAAGAAUCUUCUGCAGAUCCACAUCUUGCAGCUAGCGUGAGCCCUGGCUUGGCCCAGAAUGGCUAGAGAGCCAGGAGAGAACGCAGCCCUAUCCUCUAGAUCUGCAGAAGAGGAGAUUGGGCUUCUGGUGGUGAAAGUGGAACAGGAAGAGGCCUCCCCCUUGGCAGAGGAGACCAGUUGGCUGGGCAGCCCUGGGCCCGACCGCUCACGCCAGCGCUUCCGUGCUUUCCGAUACCCCGAGGCGGCCGGACCCCGGCAGGCGCUGAGCCGGCUCCGCGAGCUCUGCAGACAGUGGCUGCGGCCUGACAUGCACAGCAAGGAGCAGAUCCUGGAGCUGCUGGUGCUGGAGCAGUUCCUGACCAUCCUGCCAGGGGAGCUGCAGGCCUGGGUGCGGGAGCAGCACCCCGACAGCGGGGAGGAGGUGGUGGCGCUGCUGGAGUACUUGGAGAGGCAGCUGGAUGAGACUCCUCCACAGGUCCCAUCUGGUGAAUGGAGCCGAGAACUUCUCUGCUGCAAGGUGGCAUUGCUGACGCCAGCCCAGGACUCACAAGGUAUCCAGUCCCAGCCAAUGAAGUCUUUGUUCAAGCAUGAAUCUCAGGAGUCUUUGGAGCGUUCACCCUUACAAGCCAGAGGGCUGGGAAUGAAGACUGAGACCAGCGACUUGCCUCCAGCUGAGGAAUACACUGAGCAAAAGCCUGAGCAGACAGUGUGCUUCCUGGGUGAAGAAGACACUGUCCCCGUUCCUGCAGGUGCAGAAGCCAGUGAGCUGGAAGGCAGGUUACAGACAACGCAGAAGACUGCCACGGGAAAUAGGCGGUUUUAUUGCCGUGAAUGUGGAAAGAGUUUUGCUCAGAGUUCAGGCUUGACCAAACAUAGGAGAAUCCACACUGGAGAGAAACCCUAUGAGUGUGACGACUGUGGAAAGACCUUCAUUGGGAGCUCUGCCCUUGUCAUUCAUCAGAGAGUUCACACUGGCGAGAAGCCAUAUGAGUGUGAAGAAUGUGGCAAGGUCUUCAGUCACAGCUCAAACCUCAUCAAGCACCAGAGAACCCACACUGGGGAGAAGCCCUACGAGUGUGAUGACUGUGGGAAAACCUUCACUCAGAGCUGCAGCCUCCUGGAGCAUCACAAAAUUCACACUGGAGAGAAGCCAUUCCAGUGCAACUUGUGUGGCAAGGCCUUUAGGCGUAGCUCACAUCUCCUGCGACAUCAGAGGACCCACGGUGAUAAAACUGCUCACAAGCCUCUGCAGGGAGAGGCCUUGGAAGGUCAGAGUAGGUUGCAACGCCAGUGGGAUGGCGCCGAAGCUCCCGAGACUUAUCCGUGCGAUGAGUGUGAGAGAAGUUUCACCCGGAAUAGAAGCCUUAUCGAACAUAAAAAAAUCCACACUGGCGAGAAACCCUAUCAGUGCGAUGCGUGUGGAAAAGGCUUUAGCCGAACUUCAUACCUUGUUCAACAUCAGAGAAGCCAUGUGGGGAAAAAAACUGCCUCGCGCUGAUCUGUACCACCUCUGCCAGAGUUGGUGCUUCCGUGACAGGGAGCCGAGGACACCAUGCAGCCCUUACUAACUGCGGAGGGGCCUAGGUGUUGCCAAUACACACCAGUGUUAGAUGUGAUAGUCUGGCUGAGGUGAAUUACCUUUUGCGUUCGAAAAGACUAGAUUAAGACUUAAUAGUAGGAGGAUAGGGGGUUGUUUUCUGGAUGAGGUAGCACUGAGGUGUUUUGUUCCCACUCUUUGGGUUUACAAGGCCUUCCAGAACAGUCGCCCUUAGCCCACACAUUUUCCUCUUGUGCAGAUGGUUCCAGACUUUGAAGUGCACCCUUCUUACCAUUUGUUUGUCAUCAUGAAUCAUGUUUUGGUCAGAUCCCUGAGGUCUUGGCUCCCCUCUCUUGCCUUGUGUUUGGGUGCUAGUAAACGUUUACUACAGGGACUGAUGUAAUUACCUUCAAAGCUCUGAAAAGCUGCAUUUCUGAAGAAGCUCUAGCGUGGACUGUUCGUGUGUGCAUCUCAUUCACUCAACACACUUGAGUCAGCACAACACACUCCAUACUGCAAUGAGUUCGCAUAGGAGAUUCCAUGUGUCUUUAUGAGGAUGGAGCAUAUGGCAAGGAUGCCUCAAGCACCUUCUGCAGACAUAGAAAGACUUCCCUGCCCAAAAAAACUCCAUUAGGGCACAUUUAGUUGUUCAGUUUUCAGUUAGUUAAAGCAAAAGCAAUCUUAUCUUCAUAGAACAAAAUAUUUAGUUAGGGGUUCUAUUGCUGUGAGAAACAGCAUGGCAAAAAGCAACUUAUCAUGGGUAGGGUUUUCAUUUCCACUUAGAACUCAUUUGUUACACUGUAUCACUGAAGGAAGUCUAGGCUGGAGUACGAGUACAAGGCAGGAACCCGGAGACAGGAGCUGAAGCAGCAGCCAUGAAGGAGUGCUGCUUCCUAGCUUGCUCCUAAAGGCUUGCUCAGCCUGCACCUAGGACCACCAGCCCUGGGGUGGCUCCACCCACAGUGACCAGGCCCUUCCCACAUCACUCACCAAAAGUGAGGUUUCAUCUUCCCAAAUGUUGUGUUGACUUAAACUUGCCAGCACAACAAACGAUGACACAGUUGAUGUUGAUUCUGUAAUGUUUAAUGUAUCAGUUACUUUUCUCAGGGCUGUGAAACAAACAAACAACUGAGAAAAACAACUUGAGGAAGGAAUGGAUUUUUGGGUUCAUGGUUUGAGCUGAAACAUGGUGGAGAAGGCAUGGGGCAGACGUGAAACAGCUGGUUGUGCUGUGUUAGCAGGCAGGAAGCAAGGGUCAGUGCUGAUGUUCUAGUUGGCUUCCACUUUUUUUUCCACUUAAUUAAUUCCUGGACCGCAGACUGUGGGAUGCUGCUGCUCACAUCCGGAUGAAUCUUCUCUCUUGCAUUAAAACUAUCUGGGUUUACCCUCACAGACAUGCCCAGAAUUGUGUCUCCCAGGUGAUUUAAAAUCCAGUCAAGUUAACAGUGAAGAUAAACAAUCAUACUCAACAUCUCAUUUCUCACUUUUCCCGUUUUUUGGGCCUAGCCAAAUUUUAGGGCAUGUUUUAUAUCCCUCUCCUCUUUGUAUCAAACUGAGUCAAGCUAAAACUUCCUCCAGGUCACCAGAAGAUUCACACCAAAUAUUUAUCAUUAUUAUUUAUGCCUCCAAAACUGCCCAGUAGGUUGAAAAUGGAAAAGCAUUGAUACACAUAUCAUACACUUAGGUGUAUGAAAACAACCACAGUGGAGACUGUAGGAGACAGAAAUGUCUGCUAGAAAGCUGGGUGAGCAUCUUGAAUGGAAAGUGCCCCGCAGUACAAACCUGGGAAGUCAGGCCUCAGGACUGUGCGUUAGUAGAAGGAGGGUUCGAAUGAUGGCCCACAUGGUUCAUCCAGGUCAUCUGUGGUUUUUGAAGGCUGACAUUUUCUCCCAGGUUUUUUUGGUGAAAUGAUGCCAUGCUUUAGUAAACCAUCAGCAUGGUAUUCUGUCUGCUCACAGCACCUUUUUCGAAUUUCUGCUUUGAAGUCUCA